AUGAAGUUGACACUCGAGAUCGAGUACUGGACGGCGACCGUCGCGCCCAAGUCGGCGGACGAGCUCGAGGCUGAGCGCUACCUGUUCGUCGUUCCCACCGAUGCCCUUGACGUGUAUUUCUACAGCGCCAAGACCGACUCGUCUGCCACUGUGUUGUACCAAGCGUACGUUUGGAUGGGGGUCUUUGCCGCUGUGUGUGGACCGUUCAUGGAGCGUCGAGGUCCCCGCAUUGGCAUGGCCGUCUCUGCAAUCAUGCUGGCGGUUGGGUAUGGCGGGUUCUGCGGCGGGGGGUUUGGAAUUCUCUUCGUGUCGACCAUGACUGCGACCCAGAAAUGGUUCCCCGAUAUCCGUGGCCUCACGGCGGGGAUGUGUACCUGCUCCUUCGGUGUGGGGAGCUUUACCGGGUCGUAUGCCUUUGAAGCCAUGCUAUACCAAGGAGGUGCACUCAACAAGGUCGACAUGGCGCAGAAUAUCCCUCACGUGUUCUGGACAACAGGUAGCUCGAUCAAGCCAGUCAACUGUGAUCCUCCACGCCUGUAG